AUGCACAUUGACAUUGUCAACACCGCUCGCCUCUUUCCCGCCUCACGUCAGGCCCGGCAAACGACCAAGCCGCUGUCCAUCCUCGACGCCACCGUCCUGAAUUUCACUCCCGCCGAGACUGUCCUCGUCUACGAUGAGUCUACUCCCACGCCUGUCGUCGUGCGCGCUCUUGAGCGGGUGCUAGACAGCUACCCGCAGUGGAGCGGGCGUUUGCACCAGCUGCCUUAUGACGGCGCCACCCGCCGCCAUGGCCGCCUGGCGUUGACAUGGGGCACCGCCGAUGACCCGGGAGUCAUCUUCGCUGAGGCUCGCACCGAUGCGACGCUGGCCAGCCUGGUGCCCGCCGAGCGUGAGCGCGACUGGGACGCCUCAGCCUUCCCCGCGGCGAAGCUGGUCCCGGACACGCCCGUAUCGACGUCGAACCUCGACGAGGCGCUGCCCAGUGUCACCGUCCAGCUGACGAACUUUUCGUGCGGUGCCAUGGCCGUCGGCGUGCGCAUGGCUCAUCCGCUCGCCGAUGCGCAAACGUUGUCGAUUUUUUUGCGCCACUGGGCAGCUGCGACUGCUGACAUGAUCUCCGCCGCGCCCACUCCACUCUUCGACCCGUCUGCCCUCGAUUUUCGUGCACAAGCCGCAUCGCCGGAUACUCCCUCGCUGCCCUUCCAUCGCUACGAUUGGUGGAUCUCGAAGCCCGACUCGGUGCCUAACGAACUUCGCGAUGAGCCGCAUGAUCCGCCAGGCGAUGUUAUGCCCUGGGCCGAGUGGGACGUAGGAGGGCCCGUCUCGCACUACGUCCUACACUUCUCGGGCAUUGAGCUGGAGCGCCUCUGGAAGGCAACGGCCAAAGGCACCCAUCUCAGCCGUCUCGAUGCCCUGCUCGCCCACUUGUGGUCGCGUAUCAAUACAGCUCGUGGUUUGGAAGGCGAUGAUGGUGCCGUUCACCUCGACUACACACUAGGCUUGCGCGGGCGGGUUAAUCCGCCUUUGGAUGACGGUUUCGUUGGCUCCCCUCUCGUCAUGGCUGCUGUGUCUGCUUCAGGCCGCACCGUCUCUGCCGCGCCCGCCGAGGUUGCCCGCCUUAUCCGUUCCGCCGUCUCUUCCUUUACGCCGCAAGCUGUAGCUGGCCACCUCUUUAAAAAGCAGCAGGAGCAAUCGCCUCAGCGUAUUUGGCAGGCCUUUUUGGGAAGUCGCCACGUCCUGGUCACGUCGUGGAUCCACACGCACCUGUACGGCGUGCAGUUCAUCCCCGGCCACAUCCCGCGUUAUGUCGAGUGUGUCAUGCCAAAGUGCGAUGGCUUGUUGCAGAUCAUGGACGCGAGGCCAAAUCCCCACCUGGGUGAGAAGCGGCACUGGUCGGAUAAUGGCGUUGAUGUCCAGUUGCAUCUUACUAAAGCUACUAUGGAAAAGUUGCUAAUAGACCCGGGUCUUCGAGGGUAGGCGGCGUCCUGGGAGAGUUACAAAAACAAGAUAUGGCGGAAGGGAAUAUAGAAGCCUCUAACUUUCUCUGGGUACGUACUACUGUAAAUAAUUUAUUUAUCAGGAUCCCGCGGGUAUUCAAUCAGCACCCCUUCGUACAGAUAUGAAACACACUAGUAACGACACAGCUAUAUCGGUUCUCAGGAAAUAUGUCAAUUUCUUGCUCCAUUUGAGCCUACUGUCUUUCCCGGCUAUAGCUUGAGCUA